CGACAGUGGAACAUGACCAGCCGACAUGCUGCUGCUGGCAGCGCUUGUGGCCACAGCCACUUGGUCUUAUGGAUAUGCACAAGGAAUCCCCAUGCAGAAGCCUCUAUCUGUCACCAAGUCUAAAGGAACUGUGCGCUUGGAAUGUCACUUUAAAGAUGUCUCUGAAUAUGAUGAUAGCACCAUCAUACACUGGUAUCAACAGAAGGAAAACGCAGCUCCAGUGAGGAUGCUCUACUUAGCACAGUCAAAAGUAGUAGAUGAUGGCUUCCAAGCAUCCAAGUACAUGGCUGAAAAAGUUCCUCGCCAGAAAACAUGUAUUCUUACAAUAAAUGAUGUCAUUCCAGACGACACUGCUACCUACUACUGUGCCUACUGGGACAGGACUGGCUAUUAUAAGAAGGUGUUUGGUUCUGGUACAAAACUCAUUGUGUCAGACAAAGUUACUUCUUCACCAGCAAGCUCUGAAAUCCUGCAGAAGAGACAUGGAAAUCAGAUAAUGUAUGUUUGCCUUAUUGAGAAAUUUUACCCAGAGGUUAUUCGGGUGACAUGGACCGACGAAGCAAAUAAGGAGGUAACAGACAACAUAGUAAAAGGAGACGUUUGGAAGCCCGCAAAUGGGGAUAAAUACUCAAUCGGCAGCUGGUUAACUGUACCAGCGAAGAAUAAAGACAAGAACUAUUACUGCAAAUAUGAGCAUGAAAGCCAACAGCGUUCGCUGUCAACACAAGAUGCUACAAAGCCUGCUACUCAGCAAGAGGACUGCAGCACUGGAAACAGCACAGUUAAUUUUAAUAGAGAUCACUUAAUGCACAGGACAGCAUAUUUAGUGUACAUCGUCCUGCUUCUGAAGAGCUCCAUGUACUAUCUCAUCGUACUCUUCCUCAUCUACAGAAUGUGGGCUCCAACCAAGCACCAAGGAAAAAGAGCAUAAAUGCUGGUUUAGGAAAGGCUUACAAAAUUGUCUUAAAUUUAUUUUACUGUAUACUUAUCCAUAUAGACACCCCUGCUCUCAGCGUUAGAUGUAACGACAAAAAAAAAGCCCCACUCUGGCAUCAGUGCAUACAGCUUGUUUUGCUUUACUGCUUGUGUUUUUGUAUCAGCCUGGUUUUCCUAAUUUUUCUGAGCAAUAGGAAUACAUUUACAUACCCUGGAUUUUAAUCCAAAAUCCAUACUGCAAAAUGAGGAAGGUACUCACGUUAACAGUAGUUAUGUAUGCAAUAGUUCAGAAGCGUAACAGGGCUUUUGAUAUAUAAAGCACAGAUACAUUUUGCCGUUGCGCUUAAGGCUUUAUUAGGAGCAUUCCUGUGCUCUAAUUUCACAGGUAUUUGUUCAUUUUUACUUUCAAUGGUUUAUUGCAAUUCUCAUGUAUUCACCAAAUCAGGACUUAAAUAUUCUGAAGUGCGUUAAGAGUCAAUUAAACAUGAUUUUAAAAAGGGAACAUAAUAUUUUUGAAUUAAGAAGUCAGACGAUCAUAAAAGCAAUUCUAAGGUGCACGUAUACAUAAAUGGAAGAAAUCCAGCAGGUCCAACCCCACCACUGUGACACAGACUGAAAACCUGCACACUGUAUUUCUAAAGAAAACAAUUGCAACGCUCACAAACGUUAUCGUGUUUAGAGAUACCUUUUUAUGUUGAGCAGAACCUUAAAUAUGAAGCUUUGAUAAAGUGUUUUCACAACACAGGAAAAAUUCUCAUGUGUUGGGCUUUGAACUCUUCACCUCCAAGGUCCACAAAUCAGUUCCUUUCAAAUUUCUGUGGGAAAAUCAGAAGCAGAUAUAUUUAAAGGAUUUGCUUAGUUUGGGGCAAAACACUGCCGUAAGUUUGAAGAUAAGUGCCUGCAGCAUUCACAUUCACUCUAUCUGCAGUGGUGUAGAGGGCAAUACAAGCUUUCCUCCAGGUUUGUUUGUGAGCCCUGGGUUUGAUCACCAGCAUUUGCACAAUUACCAAGAUGGCUAGAAAACCUGAUUCAUUCCUCUGUUUGUAUAAAUUCCUCAGGAAAUCAAAAGAUCCUUAAAACCACUGGUGUUCCAGUUUUCAAUGUACUAAACAGGAAUAUUUUUACAGAGAACAACAAAAGCUAGCUUGUUAACAUCUUUUCUGUUGAAGAGCUAAGCCAAACCAGGGGGAAAUGCAGUGCUGGUACAACAGGACUGCCUAUGGCUCAUGCCUUUGCAAGGGAAGGAGAACGUAAAUCGGGCCCAGUGUUAAUAACCACAGUUAUUUUACCAACAGCAUAUAUUACAAGUUAUUUUCUAACCUGCAUAUUGAAGCCAAUGCAACUAAUUAGUGCUUUCCAUGUCACGUUACUCUUCAACGUGAAGGAAGAUGUGAUGCCUAGUCUUCAGUCAAACUCUCUUUGAGAAACAGCUGAUAUCCCAUGCUAUUAUUUGUUAUGGCUUGGUUCCAAUCAAAGUGAAAUAAAAUAGCUACAAAGGUAUUUUUUUGGAAUGUAGAUUUCAGUAGCAUCAUUGAUAUUACUGUCUUGGU